GUUUAAGAGACACUGAGUUCUUUUUUCCCACAGGUUUGACCUAAUAGCUCCCCAAAAAUGAAGCCCAGACGUCUCUAUCGCCCCCUGGUGUCUGACUGCAGUAUAGGUCAUAAACCCCGCCUCCUCCAUGUUAGCAGAUGGGACUGGGCUCAGACUAAAAUAAAGUCCUCAGAUAAAAAUGCUUUCUUUCAUCAUCAGUAGUUCUCAUCAUGCUGAUUUGUGUUCAGUGGGGCUCUUUUCUCACAGGGUGGAUUAGUUUUGACUGUCUUAGCACUUUCUCAGUCUCUGCGGCAGGUAAAAUAAGUCUUGAACACGUUACCGGUUUUCUAAAUAUGUUUGUAAAAGUGGUGUUGUAAUGAAAUUCUCUUUCUGUAACAACUCAUCCGGUCCACACAUGCAAAGAAACCGAAGCAGAGAGAAGUUAUGUGUAAUAAUGAGAAAUGACACAGGAGAAGAGUCAGCAGUCCAUCUGCAUCUAAAGGUCAAAGGUCACUCUUUCAAGGACUCCAAUGUUCACAUUUUGGACAGAGAGGACAGAUGGUUUGAAAGAGGAGUGAAAGAAGCCAUCUAUGUCCACUGUGAGCGACCAUCUUUGAACAGAGGCGGUGGUUUACGACACCAACUGUCUGCCAUCUAUAAUCCAGUUUUGAGUUCCCUCCCCAGACGCCUUAAUGCCCACUCACAUCCUGGGCCAUCUGACCUCAGGAAAUCACAUGACAAGGUGGGGCCAGGUUUCACAAUGAGCUCACCCGAAACCCUGGCUGAUUGUGACCCACACCCGCUUUCACACCUUGGCUCAUGUGAUUAGGUGGAGGAUCAUCAGGGGGUCCUUUGUCCCUCUUUCGGGGGACUCGCCACCAUUUGACCCUAGAACUGAAGAAGCUUCUGGGAUGAGAGGUGAAAUGUCUUCAAGCAACUUAAAGAAGUCCAGACGCUUUUCUUUCCAAGCUCCUUACAGCACAGAAGCUGCACCGGGACCCUCACUGGAUGGUUUCCAUGGCAGCAGCUCCUUCGGUUGUUGCUUCCGCUUUGUUUAAUGUGAUUGUUUGAUUUGAUGAUUGUGUUUCUGUUCGAUUUAAACAAAUGAUCACGGAAUAACAGGACCAGUCAGGAGGUUCCCAUAAGUCCUACGGGCCUGAAACGCAUCACCACAGUGGCCUGAUGUUUAUAUGCGGUUACUAGGCAACAGGUGAGCGUUGAUCGGCUGACCAGCGGACCCGGUGUGCUCCUGAUCGAUUACCCUGCCCCCUCUCUCACCUCUACGCGGAGCUUCGUCCCGGAUGGCCGGGGCAGUCACGGACCCGACCCGGGCUCCGAUGGCCUUCGGGCGGCGGGCCGUGCCGCAGCUGUUCGGGGAGCUGCAGCGGGCCGGGGCUGCGGCGAGGCUCCGGGCUCUGACGUCACUCUGUGACCUGGUGCAUGAGCCGGAGCGACUGUACCAGGCUGUUACCGGAGGUUUUCUGAAGCAGCUGAAGGUUUUGUUCAGGGAUGAAGAUCCAUCAGUCAGAGCAAAAACCUGUGAGCUUCUUCACCUGCUGACCUCACACAGCAUCGGCAGGCAGGCCGUCCUCGCCUCCUCCCUGCUCCCUCCUCUCUGUCAGCUGUUGGACGACUCCUCGUUCUCCUGCAGGAGGAACGUCCACCGAGUGCUGAACCGCCUCGCUCUGCUGCCUGCAGGAGCAGAGGCUCUCCUCUCUCUGGUGCCUAAACUGAUGCUGAAACUCACAAAGGAGGAAGAUGAGGAGGUGCAGUUGCUGCUGCUCUCCACCCUCACCCACUGCUCCAGGCUGGACGCCCUGCCGGGGUUGGCCUCCGAUGGCGUCUCGCUGCUGGGACGCAAACUGUCCCACCGAUCCUCGAUCAUCCGCCGAGAGGCGGCCGCAGCAAUGAUGGCACUCAGCGUUCCCAUGGACGGGAAGCGACAGGUCUGCGAGGAUGCCGAGGUCCUUCCUGUCCUCGUCGGUCUGCUACGGGACAAAGACGUGGAGGUUCAAGCCAACGCUGCAGGAGUCAUCAUGAACACCGUCAUCAUCACCACCGGUAAGCAGCGGUGCCUGGACCUGGACGUCCUCCCCGUCCUCCUCGGCCUGCUGUCUGAGAAGCACGGGGACGAUGACGAGGAGGAGAUGAAGAAGAGGAGGAAGGCCCUCAUCAUGCACGUCCUUCGUGCGCUCACCUCAUUGGCUGAGGCUCCUAACGGCCGCUGCCUCCUCCUGGAGCAGCUCCCCCUGCUGGAGAAGAAGGCUGAGGCUGCGGAGGAGGACCAGGACAUCCGGCGGGCCACUCAGACCGCCAUCCAGGUCAUCACCUGGACUCCAUGA